UUUUAUAUCUUAACCAUGUCAGCUCCGAAGAUUGUGUCCCCUCCCAGAAAUGUUCACAAUAAGACCGGAAGUUUCAUAGCCUUCUCAUGUGAAGUCAGUGGGUUUCCAGUCCCGUCCAUUGAAUGGAAGGUAGAUCGAGGAGAUGGUAUUCUGAUUCCCUUGCCAACUGAUGAUUCGCAUAUUGCUGUUCAGUCACGUGGUGGACCUAGUCAUUAUGAGGUUACAAGCUGGCUGCAGUUAUUGGAGAUAAACGUCAAAGACAGUGCCACCUACUGGUGCAUUGCCAAAAACAAUAUGGGUGAGGCUUCCGAGUCUGCACGAUUGUAUGUUCAAGAUGCAGCAGGUGAGUUAUUUUAGUCUUUUAAUUAUUGUUCU